CUAUAAAGAAGAGGCGUUUAAGAGAGUUAACUUGGUAACCAUGUAUGACAAUGCUCGCCAGAAAAUUACAUUAACGAUCAUCAUCUUUCUGAUGCUCAUUUCCUGUUUUGCUGGAGACACUUGGAUGAUCUGGGCUACUUUCUGCAUUAUUGCGUUGUUGUUGCAUGUUUGCGAUCUGAUGUUUAUGGAUGAGAAUAGCUUCCAUUAUGAGCCAUACUAUGAUAACAAUGCUCGUUUUACUGAACCACAUUAUUAAUGCGCUUCUGAUAUUCUGUGUUAAAUCU